AUGGCUCGAACUAAACAAACCGCUCGAAAAUCCACUGGUGGUAAAGCUCCCCGAAAGCAACUCGCCACCAAGGCAGCAAGGAAGCAAGCUCCUUCUCAAGUUUCAGGAGGUGUUAAGAAACCCCACAGAUACAGACCUGGUACCGUCGCUCUCCGAGAAAUCAGAAGAUACCAAAAAUCUACCGAACUCUUGAUCAGGAAACUUCCUUUCCAAAGACUCGUCAGAGAAAUCGCUCAAGACUUCAAGACCGAUCUCCGAUUCCAAUCUUCUGCUAUCGGUGCUCUCCAAGAAGCCUCCGAGGCCUACCUUGUCUCUCUCUUCGAGGACACUAACCUUGCCGCUAUUCACGCCAAGCGAGUUACCAUCCAGCCUAAGGAUCUCCAACUCGCUCGACGACUCCGAGGCGAGCGAUCUUAA